AUAUAUAUACAUAUAUACAUAUUUCUUCAUACAGAUAUUGUUGACGAGUUAAUUGUAGAUGGAGAAGUGGGAUUUGCAAGCCGUUGUAGGAGGAGGAAGCAGCAGUGAUGCCAUGGAAAACCCACAGUUCAGUUUUGGUCCUUGGGGUUUCCAGCAAGAUGAAGAUGAUCAUUCCAUGAUUUUCCCAGAAAAUUUUGAAACAAACCCUAAUGUUCUUGACGAGCUGGAGGAACUUUACAAGCCUUUCUACCCUCGUUUGAUUCCAAAUUCAACUCAAAACAUCGUCACAACUUCCCUACCAGCAGAGAAACCAAAAAGGCAGCAAUCUUUUUCUGGAAAUAAACAUUCAAACAAACCUAAAAGAUUCAGGAAGAAUAAGGAAAGUACAGUGGUGCAGCAUGUAACAGCAGAUGAGCUUCCAUCGGAUGCGUGGGCUUGGAGAAAAUAUGGGCAAAAACCCAUCAAAGGGUCACCAUUUCCGAGAAGCUAUUAUAGGUGCAGUAGCUCAAAAGGAUGUUUGGCAAGGAAGCAAGUGGAGCGUAGCUGUUCGAAUCCUGGAGUUUUUAUUAUAACCUACACAGGCGCGGAGCACUGCCACAGUCACCCUACUAGGCGGAGCUCGCUCGCCGGGAGCACUCGCAAGAAGUCGGUAAUGGCAGGCAGCAAAAAUUAGAUGGCCACUAAAGAUGAGAGUGUGGAACAAGGGAGGGUAAAAAUGGAGGAUUUAGAUGGUGAAGAAGGGGCCAAAAUUCUCACCCCGGAUGCUAUGUUUAGUGACCAUGAAUUAGGUCAAAGGUUAAAGAAUUUCGAUGGUGUGUUUUUAGAGCAGUUUCCGGAUUUGUAUCAUGAAAUAUUGUGUCCAUGAAUGAAC